AUGGAGCCCAUCCACCGAGACGGAAAAAUACGCGAGCAGGUGGAGCUGGAGGACCGCAUGAGGCGGGACUACGGCCGGAAGUGGGGAAUGCUGGCCGAGAAAGCCACCAACGAGUUCUACAACCCGGGCAAAAGCAACGCGGAGUUCAGAGAGCGCUUCAAGGUGGAAACAGAGACCUUCCCGUACGAGUACAGCGGCAGCGGAGACUCCUUCUUCAUAUCCCGCGAAAUGUACAACGCCCUGGUGAAGGUGUGCCGAUGCGGUAGGCAAAAGACUGAAGGACACGUGCUCAAGUGCUUGCAAAGGGUCAAGGCGAAAUACAUUGAGGAUGUUCAGGCGACCGGAGCCGAUGAGGAUCAGGAACAGGAUGCAAAAUCUACAAGCAACUUCCUCAGAAGACUGCCGCCCACGUCUGCAGGCGUCGUUGGAUGGCCUCAGCACACUUAUCAACAGUGGGAAAAAUCCACGAAGUACAUCUCGCCGCGCUACACAAUGCCCGGUCCUCGAAUUCAAGAUCAGCCGUACGACAGCAUUUUCAUCGGCUGAAUCCUGGCGGCGAAUCUGUGCCGAAGUGCCGGCCAAGUGCUGACGCUGCUCAGUGGCGAUUAGGAUGUGGAAUGCCAUCAUAAAUAACACACUUAAAUCAUUGCAUUAGAGACAGACGUGAAUGAUUUACAACCACCGCCGUAGAUUUAUAUGCACUCCCUCGGCAUCCCUUCACGCAUUUUCACCAUUUUCCCCGCUGAGAUGGAAAUUCUUUCAUGCUCACUUUGCGUAGGGGAGAUUUUGCGAACAAAUUGGGAAUUUACACUUAGGCUUCAUGUACAAAAAUCGGG